UACUAGGCUGUCUGCGCAACGCUGUCGAGAGAAAGCGCAUCCAUACGGCCGCAGAAAUGUAACAACGCCGCUACGUUUUCCGACAGUUUUUAUUCUCUUUCGAGCUGAGCCAGAGGCAUGUUUCAUGUCGCCUGCUGUAAAACUCCGCUCGUUUGAUGGAGAAAUAAGAAUUUCUCUCUCACAGCAGGGAAUCAGUGAGGAGAAGAGAGGAGAAGUCAUUUUUUCACGAUUAGUCUCUUUCUGUGUUGUUCAAAAAUGAUAACGGAGUUGGUGUGCAGUGCUGUCGCCCUGAUCCUCUACGUUAACACCCUUAAGGCGGAUUUCUGCUACGAUGACAGCCGGGCUAUCAAAACCAACCAGGACCUCUUGCCUGAGACGCCUUGGAUGAACAUCCUGUACAAUGACUUCUGGGGCACCCUCCUCACGCACAGCGGCAGCCACAAGUCCUUCCGGCCCCUCUGCACACUCUCCUUCCGCUUCAACUAUGCCCUGGGCGGCCUGGAGCCCUGGGGCUACCACCUGCUCAAUGUGGGCCUGCACUGCUGCGUCACUUCCCUCUUCACUACACUCUGUCGGCCCCUGUUUGGCACCGGCCCGUGGAGCCUGCUGGCGGGACUCCUCUUUGCCUCCCACCCCGUCCACACAGAGGCAGUGGCAGGCCUGGUGGGUCGAGCAGACGUGGGCGCUGGAUUGUGUUUCCUGCUCUCUCUGCUCUGCUACACCCGUCAUUGUCGUCUCCGCCCUGGCGCUGGGCGUUCUCAUCGGGCCAAGUGGAGGGCAUGGGCAUGGCUUGCCGGUAGCCUGGUUGCUGCGGCAGCAGCCAUGCUGUGGAAGGAGCAGGGAGUGACUGUCCUGGCCGUGUCGGCCGUUUACGAUGUCUGCGUGGUUCACCGCAUGCGCUUGCAGCAGGUGCUGCUGCUUUUCUUUAAGAAGAGAAACGUAGGACUGUUGGUAAGUCUGGCUUGGCUAGCUGGUUGGGGGAUGGUCCUGUUAGCAGCUCGGCUAUACUGGAUGGGAAACAAACCGCCAAACUUCUCCAACUCUGACAACCCGGCAGCUGAUUCAUCUCACUUCCUCACUAGAACACUUACUUUCCUCUACCUUCCAGCAGUCAAUGCCUGGCUCCUCCUCUGCCCUCACACUCUCAGCUUUGAUUGGUCCAUGGAGGCCAUACCCCUGCUCAGAACUGUUUGUGAUCAGAGGAACUUCUGCUCAGUUGUAUUCUAUACAGUUUUUGUGCUACUUGCGUGGUUUGGCCUGAGAAGCAAGGAUUCUACCACAUUCCAUAAGACCAAUGCAAAAUCCCAUGUCACCAAUGGAAAGGUCCUGACUAAUGGCCACAGUCUCCAUCACCUUGACAGCAAUCAUCACCAUGACAGCAGUCACCACCACAAUGGCUUCACUCCAGUAGAAUUUCCUGAGAAUACCCAGAAUGGGUAUUCCAGACACGUCCCCACUUCCACUCAUGCAUCUUUGCCAUCCAAAGAAAACAUGGUGGUCUUCUCCCUGGGCUUGCUGGCUUUGCCCUUCCUGCCUGCCACCAACAUGUUCUUCUACGUCGGCUUUGUGGUGGCUGAGAGGGUGCUCUACAUCCCCAGCAUGGGCUUCUGUCUGCUGGUGGUGCUGGGGCUGAGGACCCUGUGUGUACGAGCAAGGCAGAGGAGCUCCAGGACGCUAUUGCUGGGCUGUACUGCUGGGCUGCUCCUGCUCUAUAGCCUCAGAACGGUGCACAGAAACCAAGACUGGCAGAAUGAGGACUCGCUCUACAGGUCUGGCAUCACUGUCAACCCCGCUAAAGCUUGGGGUAACCUUGGCAAUGUCUUGAAGAACCAAGGUAAGAUGCUAGAGGCAGAGGAAGCAUACAGAAAUGCCCUGUAUUACCGUGGCAACAUGGCUGACAUGCUUUACAACUUAGGUCUGCUGCUGCAGGAGAAUGAUCGCUUCUCUGAAGCUCUUCAUUAUUAUAAGCUGGCCAUCGGGAGCAGACCAACCCUGGCCUCUGCAUAUUUGAACACUGGUAUUAUUCUAGUGUCUCAAGGCAGCGUGGACGAGGCCAAGCACACAUUUCAGACCUGUGCAGACAUCCCGGAUGAGAAUCUGAAGGACCCCCAUGCUCACAAAAGCUCAGUCACUAGCUGCUUGUACAAUCUGGGCAAGCUGCUACACGAACAGGGCCAGCAGGAGGAGGCCCUGUCCAUGUAUAAAGAAGCUGUGAAGAAGAUGCCUCACCAGUUUGCCCCUCAGAGCCUUUACAACAUGAUGGGUGAGGCUUAUAUGAGGCUGAACAAGCUUGAAGAGGCUGGGUAUUGGUACAGAGAGUCGCUUAAGGCCAAACCCGACCAUGUCCCAGCCCAUUUGACCUAUGGCAAGCUGCUGUCAAUCAUGGGCCAGACAGCAGACGCAGAGCAGUAUUUCCUGAAGGCCAUAGACCUUGAGCCCACCAGGGGAAAUUGCUACAUGCACUAUGGCCAGUUUCUGCUGGAACAGUCUCGUUUAAGUGAAGCAGCAGAGAUGGCAGAGAAAGCAGCUGACCUGGACAGCUCCGAGUUCGACGUUGUGUUCAGUGCAGCGCAUAUGCUCAGACAGGCCAGUCUGAACGAUGCAGCUGAAAAGUAUUACAGGAGGGCAGCAGACCUUAGACCGAAUUAUGCUGCUGCUCUCAUGAAUCUUGGAGCCAUCCUCCACCUCAACAGAAAGCUUCAGGAGGCUGAGGUCCACUACCUCCAUGCACUGCAGCUCAAACCAGACGACCUGAUCACACAGUCCAACCUGCACAAACUCUGGAACAUCAUGCACAAACAGGGCCUGAGGAGUACGGGGUCAUGACACAAGCCCCAUGGCUACACACAGUUAGUAGUGAGAGUUUGAGACUUGUGAGUCUCCGGUGCAGGUGAGGUUGGUGAUCUUGUAGCAGAACCAGCACCACUGGAUUUAGACCAAAAGAAGCUUCCAUUGGGCUCAUGAGUUUGACAGUUUAAGAACUUUGGUUCUGAUUACUGUGUGGGAACUGAUCAAAGGUUUGACCUGACCAACUAGAUCCUUAUGUCUGAGGGAUGAACAGUGGAAAAGAUCAGUUGUUAAUUUGCAGGAACUUCGUCUGUGAAUAAUACACAGCUGAAGGAAUUGCAUUAGUUGAUUUUUUUAUUUUAUUUUGGAAGUGAAAAAUAUUUAAAUGUAAUAAUUGAUCUGAUGCAUUGAGAACAGUAGGUUGGGGGAAAUGUUUCUGCAGACUGCUUGUAACAUGAAUCUUGGUAAACAAGUCAUUUAUAUACCUUUUAUAAUACAGUCAUGUCUGGACUGAAAGAUUAAGUUUAAAAAUAGCCACACAUGAUAGAUUCUAGUUCUGCAGUAAUUUAUUAUGGGGCAUUGUGUCCUGAUAAUUUGGUAAUUAUAUUUUUAAAAAUUAAUAUUUUAUUGGAUGACUGUCAUGAAAAUACAAGAAUAAAACAAUACAAGCCAAUUGCUUGGAAAUGUUCCUGUUAUUCUAGAAUGGACACUCAUAUUUACUUUAAUUUCUACAAAAUAAAAUGCAUCUUAACAUGUAUGUUGCAUUAAAUAGUAUUGAAAGGACCAGAUAAAGAACAGAGGCAGAUGAGUGAUAUUUAAAUUCAAGUGAUGAUAAAAUAAAAGCAAAUUUAAAUAACAACGUUUAAGGCAAGUGAAAUGUUCCAUUUUACCACGGGAAAACACCAAAGCCAUGAUAGAACACCAGUAGAGACUUUAGCUGGCAAUUAGAGUGAAAAGUGGAGUUAGUGAACAAAUAAUAAAAAAAAAAGCUUUUCUGCCAUCUUGUGGACAAAAUAUGUAUUAGAACAAAACGGCACCAUGCAUGCAAGUUUUAAAUUAAACAGUUGUGAAGAACAAGUUUGUGUUCUCUUAUUAAAUAACUUUUUUUUAAAAUAUUUCUGCAAUGAUAUGAUGUUUAUGUGAGACAAAAA